CCAGCCGGCUGGCAGGGAGGAGACCGGCGGGCCAUGGCAGCCUCCCCCACGCUUUGGUUUUCGCUGCUGCUGGCGGCAGCGAUCCCUGGGCGAGCCACGGCCAUCUGGCCUUGGCCCCAGUACAUCCAAACCACCAGCUAUCACUACAUCAUUUCCCCGAACCACUUUCAAUUCCAAUACCACAACCAGUCGGCCGCGCAGGUGGGCUGCUCAGUCCUCGACGAAGCCUUCCGACGCUACCGAGUUCUGCUCUUUGGUACCAGGAGUUGGCAACAUCUCCCAUUUGGAAAAAAGCAUGUAAAAGAGAAGUCGUCUUUGAUUAUCUAUGUGGCCACUGCUGAUUGUGAACAACUUCCUUCUUUGGAGUCAGCCGAGAAUUACACCCUGACUAUAAAUGACGAGCAGUGUUCCCUCCUCUCUGAGACUAUCUGGGGAGCCCUCCGAGGUCUGGAGACCUUUAGCCAACUUGUUUGGAGAGCGCCUCAUGGCACGUUCUUUAUCAACAAGACGGAGAUUGAGGACUUUCCCCGCUUUCCCCACCGGGGCUUGUUGUUGGAUACAUCUCGCCAUUACUUGCCCCUGACCAGCAUCCUGGACACUCUGGAUGUCAUGGCCUACAAUAAGCUCAAUGUCUUCCACUGGCAUAUAGUUGAUGACUCCGCCUUCCCAUAUGAGAGCUUCACCUUUCCAGAGCUCACCAGAAAGGGGUCCUACAACCCUCUCACCCACAUCUACACAGCGCAGGAUGUGAAGGAGGUGAUUGAGUAUGCACGACUUCGGGGUAUCCGUGUGUUGGCAGAGUUUGACACUCCUGGUCACACUCAGUCCUGGGGACCAGGCAUCCCAGGAUUAUUGACUCCUUGCUAUGCUGGGUCUCAGCCCUCUGGGACUUUUGGACCCGUGAAUCCCAUUCUCAACAAUACCUAUGAGUUCAUGAACACAUUCUUCUUGGAGAUCAGUUCUGUCUUCCCGGAUUUUUAUCUUCACCUUGGAGGAGAUGAGGUCGACUUCACAUGCUGGAAGUCCAACCCAGAUGUCCACGCCUUUAUGAAGAAGAAAGGCUUUGGUGAUGACUUCAAGCAGCUAGAGUCCUACUACAUACAGAGGCUGCUGGACAUUGUCUCUGCCUAUGGCAAGGGCUACGUGGUGUGGCAGGAAGUGUUUGAUAAUAAAGUCAAGAUUCGACCAGAUACAAUUGUCCAGGUGUGGCGAGAAGAGAUACCAGUGAGCUACCUGAAAGAACUGAAAAUGAUCACCAAGGCAGGCUUCCGGGCCCUCCUCUCUGCCCCCUGGUACCUGAACCGCAUAAGUUAUGGCCCUGACUGGCAGGAGAUCUACAUGGUGGAGCCCCUGGCAUUUGAAGGUACUCCUAAGCAGAAGGAGCUGGUGAUUGGUGGAGAAGCAUGUAUGUGGGGAGAGUAUGUGGACAGCACAAACCUGGUCCCCAGGCUCUGGCCCAGAGGAGGGGCUGUUGCCGAGAGGCUAUGGAGCAACAAGUUUGUGACUGACUUGGACUUUGCCUCUAAACGUUUGACAAACUUCCGUUGUGAGCUGCUGAGGCGAGGUGUCCAGGCCCAGCCCCUGAGUGUAGGCUUCUGUGAAGAGGAGUUUGAACAUACCUGAUCAAGCACCCCCAGGCACCGAGGAGGGUACUGGCCCUAAGACAGUGAUAGCAGGGCCAGGCUUCCACUGCAUCCCGCCCGGGGGAUGGAGCCCCUUGCGCACGUGCCCUGUGCCUGGAGAGAAGGGGGCUGGUGCUGGUGCUGGCGUCCAAUAAAGAGCGAUGUGACACUUUUCUAUAAUGAACAUGGAUUACCUGUGUAAAAAAAAGUGACUGGCCCUGGGAUAGGGGAGCUGCGGGGACUGGCCUUUGCUCCUGAGUGACAGGGCUUAGUAGGGCCCAGCCAGGUUGGGCUCAGUAUGUGCCCCCAAAGGGAAAUUAGGAGUUGAGGUAGGGAAUGAAACCCGCAGUAGCCCUUUGUUGUCCUGCCCAGACUAUGAGGUAUAUGACACCUCCUAUCUCCACACACAGUCCAGACAAACCCCGUCCUCAGCCUGGUCACUCCCCCCAAGGGGUCAGUUAGGCCUCAAAAGGUGUCUCUAUAUGGGAUAAGAGAUUUUAAGGCCCAAAGAAGUUCUGGGACUCAACCUGGUCCCAGCACAGCCCCUCCCCCAUGCAUGCUCACACAUUUCCCUUUCCUAGAGCUUGUCUUCUGCUUUGAGCUGCUUGUCACUUCAAUUUCAUGUGACCAUUAUUUAAAUAUUACUGAAUACAUAUUGUGGUCUUAACACUGUGAUACUUGGUUCCCAGAAACCCUAGUUAAUCCCCCAAAGCGCCAGCAAAUUCCACCCCCUGCUCCCACUUAUUUUCAUAACAAUAACACUUCUCAAAAUUGAUGGCACAGCUGAGACCAUGAGAGGACACCCCUGGGGGAGCAGGAGGUGAACAUGUGGCUCUGGAAGAGGGUCUCUGUACUUGAGAGAGUAUUACCUGGGAGAAUAUAUCUCACCAUGCACCCAGACUGCCCCCUGGUGGGCUCAGAAGUGAACAUGCCCUAGCAUGGCUAUGCAGUAGUGGAGAGCAGCUGUCCUAGAUGAGGAUUUCUUUGAUCAUUAUUUCAGUUCAUUUACCUGGUGCGGGACAGGAAGGACAUUGAGAGGUCUCAGGCAUUUCUUUCAGAAAGUUUCCAGUCUGGUGGAUACAGAAACUUGGGGAAGGCAGGCCUGAGGAGAGAUAGGAAUAAAAUGGGAUUCUUAAACAGCAUCCUUCAGUCCCUUUAUCAUAAUCCUCAGGGAAACUGGUUGAGGGAUGCUAGCUCUGCCUGCUUGAGCUGUUUCUAUAGGGGCAGGGUGGGUGCCUUCUACCUGCAGGAUGCUCUUGAGCACAGGGUUUGCACACAGCCAGAUUAGCUAAAACCAGGGGUCUGGCUUAGAGAGACGUGAGAUAAAACUGCUAUUGCACCCACCAAAGGAGCCCCUUCUUACUUCUUACCCAGAGAAACCUGUGGGAUGGUCUCAAGCAAGGAUCCUGCACACAUGCUGCUAACUCAAAUGCCUGUGCUUGUUUCUUGAUCCGAACUUGUAUGAUUGGGAUAACCUUAUAGGAACAGACACCAAGUUGUCUCAAAUCGAUGAAGAAAAAGACCUUACUUCGUUGAAGCAGUAAGGUUCUGUGCUUUCUUAAUCCUAUUGCGAAUAUUGUCUGAAAUGUUUUACAAAAAAACUGUUGCUGAUCAGGUCCUUCGGGUAGUGUGAUAGGCGGUUCCCCACAUCCACCAUGUUCCUCUGGCUCCCCUGAGCUUGAGGCAUUUACCUGAAGGUCAUCAGACUGCUGACAGGUCAGAGGCAGGAUCUGCACUGACCAUCUAAUGCGCAGAAUCAACACUUCCCCACCCCUUCUCUCUCCCUUCACCUGAGCUGUGACUUCAGCACCCCACCCAGCGCAGGACCAGACUACUUGUGUUCUCUGUCACCACCAGAGGGCAGGGAAGGGCCCAGACUUAUUCCCUGGCACAGAGUUGGGGCUGCUCUGCUAUGAAUUAGCUAGGGAUGCAAAACAGCCCUAAUGGGAAUAAGGGUAAAGGAGUGAAUGGACGCUGGGAGAGAGAGCGGGCAGCUCCCCUCUCCAGCUACUCUUCUCUUGGAAUCUGGUGUUUUCUCGGCACCUCAGUAGGUUAGUAUGGGGAUAGGCCAGCAGAUGAGGAAAGUCCAAUGAUAACAGAAAGGGUGCAAAGGGAUUAUAUAUGGAUAGUGAUUGGAUUUAAUUUAUAUUAAUGUAGAAAUACACACCUGGUAGCAACAUUACCACCACUCUAGAGUUUAGAUUUUCAUAGUUUUUGUCAAUAUCAUUUGUAAGAUUAAUCAAUAAUGCCGUGACAAUGUGCAUCACAUACUUUUUUUCAUAAAGAAGGCAGGAGUUGAGUGCUUUAUUACAAUC